CCCGUCUGAUCUUUAGCCAAAACCAGCUGCUCCGCCGCAGCUCUGAGCUCCAUUUCCCCAACCGAACCAAGCCUCACCAAUACCUGUCGACGCAGCUGGCAUGCUCGCAGUCCCUGUCCAGCGAGCCGAGCCGCUUUUGCAUCUUUUGUCCUUGUGAACGCGCCACGCUUCUGCGGAUGGCUUGUCUAUUCUAUUAUUUCUUUAUAUUCUCGUUGUAGCUAUAUUCUGUACCCCAGGGCUUUGCCCAGACUGCCCAGACCGUUUGCCAGCAUCGUUAUCUUUCCCUUCGAUAUAGCAGCAGUAGACAUAGCGUUUAUCGGGGCAAAGAUGCCGUCCUCCGUCUCCGCAGAGGCCGCGCCCUCUCCAGUUGGCAGUUCCGGCGCUCUUACGCACCGCCGCCCUGCCUCCCUGCGCUCCGACCCCGAUGCCGAUCAUCACGAAGCCCCGUCCGCGGUCCCUCUCGAGCGCCUUGUCGAGUACCUUAUGGAAGCUAAGCGCAGCCUGGCCUCAAUGCAUCAGCUAGUCCAGGCCGGCAACAUGGUCGCUCGCGCUACCGACUACCACGAACGCGCCGUCAAGCUGUCCGCAGACGGCAGCUUCUUAUACUGGGGCCUCGCCAGUCUGGUCCAGCAGCUCGACGCUAUGAAGCGCGGCUUCAUCCGGACAUACGACAACCAGAAGAAGAAGUUCGACGACAACAUACACCUGCUCGACGCCUCCGUCGGCCGCCUCACUGGCAUCCUAGACAAGCUCAAGAACACACCAGUGGACCCUGUCUUCAGGCCUGAGGGCGAGGAGUCCAAGAACCUGAAGGACUUUGUGGACGAGGCGAAUGUCCACAACCUGAUAAAUGCUCUGAAGGACUGCAUCAAUGAGCUCAAGGCUGCCGAAACCUCCUUCGCUGGGGAUAUUUUCCGAUUAGAGACCGACAUCACCGCGGUCAAGGCGAGGAUGAAGGCUGUUGCCAUCCCCGAUCUGUCACCAUCACCAGAUCACCUCAUGCAGCUUUCGGAGCGCUCGUUCCAGAUGAGCCAAACGCUAGUCUCCCUAACACAACAUUUCGACAAGUGCGUCAAGGCCGUGCGCGAGUCCGAGGGCGGCAUGGAACUGGCGCUCAGGAUAGACGCGGAGGCAUCUCAGGAAGCAUCGUACAACGACGGGGUUCAGCUGCCCAGCCUCACACAUCGACUCCAGCCCGACGACCACCCCAACCCCAAGCACGACCUCAUGUCGUCUGCCGAGCUCCAUGAGCUGGUGCAGAUUGUGGUCGAGGAUGCGGCCGAGGUGCAGCCCACGGUCCGGGAGAUGUGUGAAACACUAGAGAGCAUGACACCGAUCCUGGCUGCAUCUCGGGAGCAGCUGGAAACAUGCGAGGGCGUCUGUACAGCCCUUGUAGAGGCCUUCUAUCACGCCGAGAGCGUCCGCCGCAAGAUGGCCAGCUACCAGGCCGCAGAGCGCGAGUUCAGGGAGCGCAUCGCGGCGGAGCAGGACACCAUCGACACGUGCGAGUCGCAGGUCACAGAGCUAACCCACUUCUACGAGGGCUACAUCAACGCCUAUGGCCAGCUAAAGACGGAGUACAGGAGACGGCAGGCCCUCGACGAGAAGAUACAGGCCAUCCUUCAAAAGGCCGCCGACGCCGUCGAAUUCUACCGCGAGCAGGACCGCGUAGCUCGCCAGAACGUCGAAAGCUCCUUCGGCGCCUUCUUGCCCCGGGAUCUCUGGGUCAAGAUGGACGAACCAAUGAGAGAGUUUAGGGUGAUUUUGGAUACCAAGAGCCUGGACACCGCGGCGGCAACGUCACCAGCACCAACCACCGCACCAACAACAGCGCCCGCAGGGUCUCGCGACACUGGCGAUCCCAGAGAGCCUGCAUCAAGUUGACGCUAGAACCCCCUCGCUGGCUCCCUUGACACGGUUUGGCACACGUCUUGACUUGCUUGUCACACUUGCUUGGAAAUGGCAGACUCCACCUACACGCUCCGGUUUGGCAGCUUAUUCUUUGGUUCUAGGAGCAAUAUGCUGGCGCUUCCGCUCGGCUUCGAUAUACACCGGAGCAGGCGUCUCGGCGACGAGAGCGAACACCAUCAAGGCAUUGGGUAAGACGGCACGCAAAUGAGCUUCCUUGGCGUGACCUGGCGUUCGACAUUGACCAUUCACUCCACUCGCUCACUCAUGGCUUUCUUCUUUGUACUUGUGUCCUUUCAGCGUUAGACCGUCAGGCCGACGAGCAUUGCCACACCUCUUCUUUUCCAGAUUGUGUUAGUAGCUUGGGGGCUCCCGGCAUUAUACCCACGGACAAAUGGUUUGGAUAUGGCUUGUAUAGUAUGGGAGUUAUGAUAUAGCUGUUUUACGUGUAAUAUUUUUAAACUG